CCUGGAACCGCCGUGGAGCUGCCAUGGGCGCGCUGCGGGCCGCCGGGCACUGGGCGCGCGCCGUCGGCCUGCUCCGCGAGAUGGCCGGGGACGGCGUCCGGCCAGACGUCGUGAACUUCAACAUCGCGAUCAGCGCCUGCGCCUCCGUGGGCGCCUGGCUGCCGGCGCUGGGCCUCCUGCAGAACAGGCGCGUGCGCCAGGCGCGGGCGGCGCCGGACGCCGUCACCUUCAACGCCCUGAUCUCGGCCUGCGACAGGGCCGCAGAGUCCGACCGCGCGCGGGCCUGCCUGCAGGGCAUGGGGGAGGCCCGCGUCGCGGCGAACGCGGUGACGUACAGCACCGUGAUGAGCGCGGUCGCCAAGUCGGGCGACUGGCGCUGCGUCCUGGAGCUCUUCGGCUCGAUGCCCAGCCACCGCAUCUCCCAAGACUCGGUGUGCUACAGCGUCGUGAUCGCGGCCUGUGAGAGGGCCAGCAGCUGGACCCAGUCACUGAGCCUGUUCAACAGCAUGUGCGAGCUGAGGGUCGAGCGCGACGUAGUGGUCUUGGGAAACGUCAUGUGUGCGUACGGCAAGGCUGAGCGAUGGGCAGAUGCCCUGGAGCUGUUGCAGGCAAUGCGGCGGGACGGCGUACCCCUGGACACAAUUGCCGCCAACAGCUCCCUCGGAGUUUUCGCCAACAGUGCGCGCUGGCAGGAGGCCCUCGGGCUCGUCUACGACAUGGGGCGGCUCGGCAUCACCAAGACUACAGCAACCUGCAAUGCUCUCAUUCGGGCUCUCGUCCACGCGAAGGAGUACGAGCGCGCAAUAGGUGCGCUGGUGCACCACUUCCCCGCAGACGACGUGGCGCACAUGGAGGCGGACCCUCGACGGGCUUCCACGAGCAUGUUCCGGAGCGCCCGGCCAGACGCGGUGACCAUCGACAUGCGCGAGGCCAUAGCGGACCGGCUGGAGAGGCUGCUGGACCACAGCCACGCCCGCGAGGGCACCCCCGCACAGCCCUCGACGGCCCGAGCCGUGGUGGCCGUCCCCGCCGAGGGCCUGGCCGGCGCCGCGCUGCUGGCGGGCCCCGCGCCCGACGCGGCGUGGCUGUGCCCAGAGGCGGACGCCGCCGCGCGGGCGGUGGCGUCUCGCCUGGCCCCCCCCGACGCCGCCGCGGAGCUCCGGGCGGUGCGCGGCCUCCUCGACGGCCUCCGCCGCGCACUGCCCGCCGCGUGGCGGGGGGCGCAGGUGCUCCCGUACGGCUCCAGCGUCGGCGGCUUCGCCGGCCGGGGCGGGGACGUGGACGUCACCGUGAUGGUGCCGCUCGAGGGGUCGGCGAGGCCCGGGGGCGGCGCGUGCACGGCCGAGGGUCUGAGGCACCUGCAGCAGCGGGCGCUCCUCGAGUGGCGCCGCCACCUCCUGGGGCGCGGGUGGCAGGUGAGCACCGUCGGCCUUGGCGGCAGGGUGCCGGUGCUGACGGUGCGCUGGGGGCCAGGAGGCGGCAGGACCGUGGACAUCACCGUGCGCAACAUGCUGGGCGUGCACAAGAGCGGGCUCCUGCGGGAGUACGCCUCCCUCGACCCGCGCCUCUGCGGCCUCGUGCGCAUCGUGAAGCACUGGGCGAGGCGGCGAGGAGUGUUCGGGCAGACUUGCGGCUACCCCGGGAGAACAAAAAGGUACGCCUACACGUUGCUUGCGAUCUUCUUUGCUCAGUCCACUUCUCCGCCACUGAUCCCGUCGCUGCAGGCGCUGGCGCCGUCCCGCCACCGCUGGAUGGACGACGCCGGCACCCUGUUUGACGUGGCCUGGCUCUCGGCCGAUCAGGUGAGGCCGGCAGACCCGGGCCUUGGGGUCGCUCGGCUCCCGACGCCUGGACGCUGGCCGCGCUGGUCCGGGGCUUCUUCGUCUUCUACGCGGCCCGCUUCGCCCCCGAUGGCCGGGGCCGCCCGGUGCGCCUGGGCUGCCGCGCGCUGCGGGCCGUGGCGGCGGGCCGCGGGGCCCGCGCCGGGCGGCCGCAGGCGGGGGGAGAUCGCGGAGGACCCCGUCGAGACCGACUGGGACCUGGGCCAGAUCCUCAGCGCCCCGCGGGGGCUGCGCCUGCGCGCCGAGCUGCGGCGCGGCGCGCGCCUCACGGCGGGCGCGCGGGCCCUGGGCGCCCCCCCCGCG